AUGGCCGCAGCGGAAGCAGCAGCCCCUAGGACGGAAGCGGCGUACGGCGUACCUAAAGCGGAAAGGCUGGACCAGCCGGCUGUACCGGGCGGCGUACAGGAAGCGGAAAGGCUGGACCAGCCGGCUGUACCUGAAGCAGCUGCGGAGGUACCAGUCACCACAGGAGGAGCAGCACCAGAGGCGGUGGCCGCGGCGGAAGCAGCAGCCCUUACGACGGAAGCGGAAAGGCUGCACCAGCCGGCUGUCCCUGAAGCAGCUCCGGAAGUACCAGUCACCACAGGAGGGAGCAGCACCAGAGGCGGUGGUCAAAGCGGAAGCAGCAGCCCCUAG